AUGGCCUUUGCGAAUGGGCCUACAAAUAUAGCUUCAGAGAUGUUAUGCUAUAAUAAUGCCAUGUUUGCGUUUGGACAUUAUGGACCAUACUGGCGUGAGAUGAGGAAGAUAGUCACCAUUGAAUUCCUUUCAGCUCAGAGAAUUCACAUGUUUGGCCACAUUCGAGUAUUAGAAGUAAAAUCAGUUGUUAAAGAGAUUUAUGAUUACUGGUUGAAGAAUAAGAGUAGUAAUUUAAAUGGUGCUGUGAAGAUGGAGUUGAAGGAAUGGUUUGGGAAUUUAAUUAUAAACACUAUGGUGAAGAUGCUAUUUGGAGUACAAUACACAGGUAUUAAGUAG